AUUACAUUCAAUAUGGCGGCAUGUCGUCAGUGCUAUGCUGUGUUGUGCUUGUGUAACUGAGGGAUUCAACAAAAGCAACAAGUGAGUGAACUGUAACUUGAAGCAACAAGCAAGUAAUAAGGAAACACAAUCUGAACCCAGCAAGCAUUGACAACAUCUGAGGAUUUUGUAACCAUUUAGUUAUCAAUUAGAAUUUGGAUUUUUGUUACUGCACCUUUAAUUAGUUUAACGACUGCGAGUGAAUAACCGAAGUGACACCUAGGAAUGCUCGAGACUCUGUGGAUUUAACUUUGUAAAUAUAUUAUAUUUUUAAAAUGUUUUACAAUUUUUUUAUUACUAUUGCGUUAAGGGAAGUGUUGUAGAUAUCCUGUUGAAAAGCGGUGUUGUAUACAAAGACAAAACUGUGAUAGUCAGAUAACAAAAAAGCCGAGUUUCAACAAGAAAAAAAAAACAAUGUCAAACAAUCCUCAGUGGAAAUCUUUCCAGCCGCCAGCCAUGAACUCUGAUUCAUCAAUUCUUGACUUAGCAAAAUCUUUGACCUUACAAAAUAACGCACCUCCAUCAUCUAACUAUAGAAACCCUGCUAACGGUUCCGGUUUUAACUCUAGCAACAACUUCCAUCCGGUGUCGAACAUCAAGAACAACCUUUCCAACAAUGUAUUCAGUAAUACUUCGAGCAAUUUUUCAAAUUACAAUGCCUAUCCAACAAACAACUCCAGGUUUCCUCAGAUCGGAACUUUCUCUUCCGACUCUACAGACAUGUACGGUGGAGACAAUCCUCCCGUAAGCAACUCGUACAACUCAUCAUCCAACAACUCUAACUCUACCUACAAUGAUUCCUCUUUGAACAAUCAAGGCACCCGAGAGACUGGGAUUAUUGAAAAACUUCUGCAUUCAUACGGAUUUAUUCAGUGCUGUGAACGACAGGCUAGACUGUUUUUCCAUUUCAGUCAAUUCAGUGGAAAUAUUGAGCAUUUAAAAAUUGGUGAUCCAGUGGAAUUUGAAAUGACAUAUGACCGCAGGACUGGAAAACCGAUAGCUAGCACAGUAACCAAAAUAGCGCCAGAAGUUGUGUUGAGUGAAGAGAGAGUGACAGGCACUGUGACAACAGAACUGCGGUCAGACGGCUCGGUAGGCGACACUCAGGGCAGGAUCAGCUACGAGAACCGAGGGGAAUGCUUCUUCCUACCUUACAACAAGGAUGAUGUUGAAGGCAACGUUACACUGCGCUCUGGGGACAAAGUCAGCUUUCAGAUUGCAACUAACCAACGUGGCAACUUGGGGGCGAGUCACGUACGGUUAGAAAACCCGGCACAUCCUGUGAAGUAUCAGGGAGUCGUGUGCUCCAUGAAAGAAUCAUUUGGCUUCAUCGAACGGGCUGACGUAGUCAAAGAAAUUUUCUUUCACUUCUCUGAAAACAAAUCAAAGGACGAUCUGCAGUUGGGAGACGAUGUUGAAUUCAUCAUUCAAACAAGAAACAUGAAGUCUCCCUUGAACAUCGAUGGACCUGUCAUACCCGUACUUACGAAGUCACCCAUGCCCUAUGUAGAUCCGGCAAUUAUUGUUCAGGGAAAAGAGGUGGCUUGCAACAUCACCACUCUGCCUGGGGGCUCCGUGGUGUUUGAAGAUGUGGCGGACGACAUAGUGAAGGGUCAAGUGUUGAAGCCUGUGGAGCGGGGACUGCAGGCCAGACAGCACCAGAACGAUCCCUUACCCGGCCGCAUCCGGUACAGAGCUCCGGACCACUCGGAGGUAGAGAUACCCUUCGGCGACAAGGAUCAGAAGAGAGAUUUUACAUUAAGACAUGGUGACUGGGUGCAGUUCAGAAUUGCAACUGAUCGCAGAGACCAACUGCAGCGAGCCACCACUAUCUCCCUACUGCCAGAGUCCUUUGUUGUGUCCGGAGAGAAGCGAGAGCAGGGCGUGGUUGUGGCGCUCAAGGAAGGUUUUGGCUUUCUCCGCUGCGUCGAGCGGGAGCCAAGACUUUAUUUUCACUUCAACGAAGUGCUGGACAUUGACAGAGAGAUUGCGUUGAACGAUGAAGUGGAAUUUACCGUUGUUCAGGAGCCAAACUCUUCGUCGACCUAUGGCAGUAACAGCCGGCAGAGUGCUGUGCGUAUCAAGCAUCUACCGCCUGGGACUGUCAAGUUUGAGACGCUGGUAGAGGAAGGCCUGAGUGGAGUGGUCACCAAGGAACCUCCUUCAUCCUGGGGCAGUCGUAGUCCUACCAAAAACAACUCUUUGUCGCCAGGAAGUAAUGAGAAGCCCCCAGAGCCCGGCACCAUCACGUACCAAAGUAACGGAACUAAGAAAACUAUUCCAUUUUACUAUAAAGACUGUGAUCCAAGGAAUACACCUCACCAAAAUGACAAGGUGGAAUUUUCAAUUAGUCAAGUAAAACGUAAUAAGGAGCUAAUCGCAACUAAUAUUGUAACAAAACCACAAGCUCAGUCAGUGCCUAUGAAGAACGGGAUCUCUAACUCUAGUCCCAUCUGUCAAGGUUUCGUUGCUGCCCUUAAAGAUGGUUUUGGUUUCAUUGAAACUAUUGCUCACGAUCGAGAAGUGUUCUUCCAUUUCAGCAAUUUCGAGGGUGACUCGGCCACCCUGGAGGUUGGCCAGGAGGUUGAGUACACGCUGGGGUCACGUGGGUCCUCAGGCAGCUGUAAGUCUGCGGAGAAUGUACGGGUGCUGCCUCCUGGCACCAUCCGCGCUGACGUCACUGUGGCGGACGAGGUGUUGGAGGGGUUUGUGGUGCGGCCGUUACGCAGUGUCAACCCUGACCAGCAACAUUACUCGGGACUAAUCUCGCUGGAUCCAGAAGGAGAAGAGAACGGUAGCGGGUAUGACUUUGGCAUCACGUCAUUGACCAACAAGCGGGAGCUGCUGCAGGUCGGCGACCCCGUGCAGUUCCAGGUAGACUCCGACGGGCGAGCUGCUAAUGUCACUGCCAUCCGGGCCAAGAAAAAAGCCACCGUCGAGUCUAUCAAGGAUAGCUACGGGUUUCUCAAUUAUGAAGUGGAAGAAGGCAAGAAACUGUUUUUUCACAUGUCUGAAGUUAAAGAUCGGGAAAAGCUUUCACCAGGAGACACAGUUGAAUUUGUUUUGGUCACAAACAACAGGAGCAAGAGGUCUUAUGCGACUAGUGUAGCAAAACUGAGCGGGGAGGCUGCAGUAGGUCAGCGUCCUGAGCGUCUCAUCUCUCGUCUGCGCACCAUCUCCGUGGACGACGGACCCAAGUUGACAGUGAUGCGGCAGCCACGCGGACCCGACGCCACCAAGGGCUUCUCUGCGUCCCAUCGUGUCCCUCGCUCCCCUGGGAUCGUGCUAGAAUAGUUCCACCUUUUCUGCGUUUCCAAUUCCCGUUCUCCGUAACUUACUCAUCUCCACACAGUGUAAUUCUCCUUUCGCUUCUCGAGUGUAGAGGUAAUCUCGCAUCGCCCGUUCUAGUCAGUCAUGAACAAAACCAGACAAAUGCCUUUUUGUUUUUUUUUUUCUCUCAAUUCAUCCUGACCACUUAGGGAAUUGGAAACUCGCCCUCGAUAAGUUUGUAUAUUUUUUAUAUGUUCUGUUAUUAUCGUAUCCGGGACACUAACAAAUUCGAGAGAUUCGUAUUUAUAAAGUAUAUCGAACUGGGAACUUAAGCCUUAAAAAAUUUUUAUUUGUAAAGAACAAAAAUCUUUUAGUUGCAAAUUUUUUUACCCGAGUUGAAAAUGCUUAGUCAUAGCAAUAGUUAUUGUAUUGUUGGAUGGUAUGUUACAAUGGAAAUUGUGAUUUGUAAAAUGCCUUCGAUUUUUAAAUUGUAAUCCAUUACGGAGGAUAUUCUUCAGUUCAAAAGUUCAUGAUCGGUAACAAUCGAACAUCAGUGCCCACAUUAACUGUAACCGUAGUGUUCUAUAUAAUAAGUUUGGCUCUCAUUACAAGUGACUGUUAGUUAUGUAGUUUCAUUAAUAUUAUUUACUCUUACAUCUAGUUACAUACAAAUGCAAAAGAAUGUCGAUGUUACUUAACUAAGGUCUGAUAUCCAUAAUAGGAUAACUAUACUUUAUAUAUGCUUGUCUCUUCAAAGUCUGUAAAUAAGGUUAUAUACUGAUAUAAUAUAGGAAUUAGGCACUAAUAUUUAAAUGAAUUACACAUCUGUGAUACUAUUUUGAUCACUUACUCCAUGAAAGGGCAUAACUUAUGGUCUCAGUAACCUGUGCUGAAAACCAAGUGGUGAACAUAGUAGUGUUUGAGGUUCAUGAUACUUGUAUAUUUAGAUUAGGUAUAGUUGAAACAUUUACUUAUCAGUUCAUAGUGAUUGUCAAACCACCCUUCGCUGCAUGCAUGUGUCAAGCUUUUUUUUUUGUUUUAACGAUUUUAGGAAAAACACCAAUACCGUAUUUGUUUUUGUAUUUCCUAGAGUUCUGUCUUAGUGCUGUCGUGUUUUCCUGACUGAAAUAAGAGAUUAUCUGGUUUAUAAUUGUACUGUUUUAAUCAUGACUUUUUUAAAGCUGUUUUAGCGUUAGGUUAGUGUGUGGAAGUAUUUUUUUAAGUAAAAUUAGUUUUCCACCGUUUAAUUUUUUACAAAUGUUAACCAAAUAUUCUAAAUUUUAUUUAUAAAUUUUAAAUCAAGUAAUAUUUUAAAAUUAUUGUUAUCAAAUUGCGAUUUUUAAAUGUUUAUAAGUUAGUUCCUAAUAGCAAAUGAUACUGUGUAUCUCUACAAGUAUCCAGCUUAUAAAUAUUAUCUUCAACUAGGUUUUUGUUAAUUGUGGUGUCCUUCAACUGGUUUGAUAAUUGUUUACCAAUGCAGACUGCAAUGUAACAAUAAAGGUUAUUUAUAAAUAAAUGUAAAAUUUAUAAAGUUUACUACGCUUUAUAGAAUUGAAGACCCUUGCACAGUUACCUCAAGUAUUAUUGUGUGAUACAUUCAAAAAUUAGUAAGAUAAAAGAUACCAUAAAUACAUUUUGAAAUGUCAAGCAAAGGUUCUCUGGGUUUUGUAAAAGUCUAGCUUUAACCUUUUUUCUUAAGUAAAUUCAUGCAAAGAAAAACAACAAUGGCUGUAUAUUUUAGGCAUUAUUGUCAAUAGCAUGAAAUGUAUUUAACGUUCUCAAGUGGUGAUAUUAUUAUCGACUGGUCGUUUCAAUUACUCUAUGGAUCCGUAAUGGUUUCUUGUUUGUGUGGGCACUGAAGUGUAACAUAUGAAACAUCUGUUUUUGCUGCUAUAAAUUGUUGGUAAAACUCAAUAAAGAAGACUACCUUAUUUAAACUUA